GGCGCGCAUGCGCAGAGGCGCGAGCCUGCUGACAGAUUCUCGAAGGCGGCGGCGGCAGCGGCGGCCUUCGGCCGCGGGGAAUGGGAAUCUCAGGGCCCUGACUGAGCACCGCCCCCCGCCUCCCUGCCGAGACAUGGCUCAGGAGAAGAUGGAGCUGGACCUGGAGCUGCCCGCGGGCACGGGCGCGAGCCCGGCGGAGGGCGGUGGCCCGGGCGGUGGGGGCCUCCGGAGAUCUAACAGCGCCCCCCUGAUCCACGGCCUCAGCGACUCCUCGCCGGUUUUCCAGGCCGAGGCGCCUAGCGCCAGGCGGAACAGCACGACGUUCCCGAGCCGCCACGGCCUGCUGCUCCCGGCCUCGCCGGUCCGCAUGCACAGCAGCCGCUUGCACCAGAUCAAACAGGAGGAGGGCAUGGACCUGAUCAACCGAGAGACGGUCCACGAGCGCGAGGUGCAGACCGCAAUGCAGAUAAGCCACUCCUGGGAGGAAAGUUUCAGCCUGAGUGACAACGACGUGGAGAAAUCCGCCUCUCCAAAGCGCAUCGAUUUCAUUCCGGUGUCUCCAGCACCGUCCCCGACCCGGGGAAUUGGGAAGCAGUGUUUUUCACCGUCCUUGCAAAGUUUUGUGAGUAGCAACGGAUUGCCUCCAAGUCCUAUUCCCAGCCCCACCACCCGGUUUACUACCCGGCGAAGCCAGAGUCCCAUCAACUGCAUCAGACCAAGUGUUCUUGGACCAUUGAAAAGAAAAUGUGAAAUGGAAACUGAUUAUCAGCCAAAGAGAUUUUUCCAGGGCAUCACCAACAUGCUGUCUUCUGACGUUGCACAGCUGUCAGACCCCGGCGUGUGCAUAGCCUCCGAUACCCUGGAUGGAAACAGCAGCAGUGCCGGAUCUUCCUGUAACUCACCAGCGAAAGUCAGCACCACCACCGACUCUCCUGUGUCGCCUGCCCAAGCAGCCUCCCCCUUUAUUCCAGUAGAUGAACUUUCGUCUAAAUAAUUCACCCGUCUUGAACCCCUCCUCCCCCAGUGGAGAGAGAGACAGAAUCAAGUUAGAGCAAGCACUGAACCUUGUCGAUUAAGUUGAGGCUGUUUCCUAUUUGACUCUUUCCCCCUUUUUUGGAAGUUCCUGAAAUGUUAUUCUAGAGAAUUUCUAUGUCAGGUUCCUGCGGAUGCCCUUGAAUUCAGUGUAGUAAUAUUUUCGGACUUUUUAUCAAUAAGUGUGUUGAAGCAUACAUUUUACGCUGCUAAUAUGUCUAAAUACAUAUGUUAUCCCUUGAUUUUUUAAAUAAUUGAGAGCUCUAUUUAUUUAUGGGAUUAUUAAGUUCUGAUGAAAAUAUAAAUGUUGAAUUUCAGUUUAGUAAACUGAUGUUUUAAAAUUCCAUA